GAUGCGCGGCGAGUUGGUGGGGCUCCGGCCGAAGGAUCGCACUGCAGUCGUGUCGCGCCAACGACGCGCGCCCGCCGCCACGCCGCGCUCCGCGUCACGAUCGCCUUACGUAAUAAUAACUAAUCGGAUCGAAACCGUUCUUCCGAUAAUCGAUUGUGAUUGUAAACUGUCGAUAAUCGCACACUGAUUUUUUAAUAAUUUAAUUAUUAUUUUUUGUUCCGCAUCGUCCGAUUGUGAACUUGAGUUUUGUGUACACUGUGUCAUGUUUUUGUUUUGUUUUCGCUCGGACUUAAGAUUAUUUUUGGGCGUAGCUGACUGUGUUUCGCUUUUAUAAUUUAGUAACAAUAUUGUUACUAGUGCGUGUGAUACUGAACAAAUAUUUCGAAAAACAGUUCUUGUGAAUUAUUUUGACUUAGAAGUGUUAUGUGGACGUACAUUGAAAAUUAUUGUGAUUUUACAAGUUUCUUCUGAGAACACGUUGAGCAGCGCAACAAUAAGAAAGUAAAAGAAAGAACGUUCGACACGCAAGGGAACAAUCGAUUGAGUUGAGAAUCGAAUUCAAAUAUUUUUGAAUAUAGAAUGUGUCGUGCCCGAGUGGUGCAUAAAUAGCGCGUGCCGUGGUGUUGGUGGGUCAGUAUGUGCCGGGCGUGAGACCAGGACGGAUGCACCCCACGGGCGCGGCCAGCCUGCCCGCCGCACCAGAGGCGGAGGUGCAAGCUAUGCACUCGAUGGACUGGCUCUUCAAGAAAGAGAGAAUAUAUCUACUAGCGCAGUUCUGGCAACAGCGAGCCACACUGGCCGAAAAAGAAGUGACCACGUUGAAAGAGCAACUGGCCACCACCAGUCCGACUCCCCUUCAGGCCACAGUCCCAAAGACCAAUGGCUCCCACAUAGAACCCACCAGGGACCAAGCCACGGAGACGAGGAUUGACAGGUUCAGCCCUGACAUCAAGGAAGAGAAGCACGACGUUGAUGACGACGUAGAACAGAAGAUGGAGAUGGCAGCCACCGGGAGAAGUAAUAGCAACUCCUCGAGGAGUAGUCCCGUGGUGCACCAGCCGGGGAACCUUGAGGGAGAGCUUGCUGCUAAGGAGAAAGAGAUCGCACAACUAGUAGAAGACGUCCGCCGUCUCCAAGCAUCGCUGACAGCGCUGCAAGAAGCUCACGCUCAGCAGCUGCAGCGGCUGGAGGAGCGAUUGGACGAGAAGAAGCAGCACAUAGCCCGGCUUGAAGCCAGGCUUGAUACGCAGAGAGACUAUGAUGACAUUAAGCGGGAAAUCAGUAUGCUCCGAGCGCUCGACUUGGGCGGCGGAGAGCGGUCACUAGAGCGCAAGCCCGAGCUCCGGUCGCCCAGCGGCGCGCCCUCCCUGCGCGACCACUCCGCCGAGCGCGAGCGCAGCGCCGAGCGACGCGACACAGGUGUGGAGGAGUGGCCCAGCACGCCGCCGCCGCUCAACAACAACACGACGCACCACAACAACAACGGCCCCACGCCGCUGCCGCUGCCGCCGCCGAGCCCCUUCCGCUUCGAGGAGCACCGCACCUACAGGUUCGCCGAGGACAUGGGCCCGCUGCCGCCCGGCGCGCUGGUCGGCCGCCUCGGCGACUCCCUCAUCCCCAAGGGCGACCCCAUGGAGGCGCGGCUGCAGGAGAUGCUCAGAUACAACAUCGACAAGUACGCGAACACGAACCUGGACACGCUGCACAUCAGCCGGAGGGUGCGGGAGCUGCUCUCGGUGCACAACAUCGGCCAGAGACUGUUCGCGAAGUACGUGCUGGGGCUCUCGCAAGGCACCGUGUCGGAGCUGCUGUCCAAGCCGAAGCCCUGGGACAAGCUCACGGAGAAGGGGCGCGACUCCUACAGGAAGAUGCACGCGUGGGCCUGUGACGAGGCCGCCAUCAUGCUGCUCAAGUCACUGAUCCCUAAAAAAGUCGGGACAAAGGAUGGCACUGGCGCCGUGUUCGGCCGGCCGGAAGGCGAGGGUGACGACAGGCUCACGCACGCGAUACUCAGCGAGGCGCAUCUCAUGAAGACGCCCAGCGGACCUCAACACAACGAUGACUCCAGAAGCAAUGAGGACUCCAGCUCACCCAGGACUCAGUGUCCCUCACCUUUCUCGAAUAAGGACUCGAGUCAAAAUAGAAGACUUAAGAAGUAUGAGAAUGAUGACAUUCCUCAAGAGAAGGUGGCGCGCAUUUAUCAGGAGGAGCUCGCCAAAAUCAUGACCAGGAGAGUAGAGGACAUUCGCCGCGAAGGUUUCCCUGGCAUGUUUCCUCCCUUUUUCAGCGGCGGCAUGCCACCACACAUGGAGAGGCCACCAGAAGACAUUCGCAUGGCACUGGAAGCGUACCACAGAGAACUUGCCAAGAUCCAGCCGGCGGGCAACAUUCCCAACCUGCACAACUUGCCAGCGAUGCCGCCCUUUCCGAACCUCCUCGCGUUGCAGCAGCAGGCGAUGCAACAAGCUCAGAACCAACAGAUGAAUGGCUCCGGAGCGGUCCAAGAUCUCUCUUUGCCUAAAGAUAAAAACGCCAAAAUGAAUGGAAUGACUGAUAGUGAUAAGGAUAGGUCAAUGGAUGCCGAAGAGGCUAUUAGGCACGCGGGGAGCGCAUUCUCAUUAGUGAGGCCAAAACUAGAGCCGGGACAGCAAUCAACAGGAUCGUCUGCGUCCAGUCCGCUGGGCAACGCGAUACUACCGCCUGCAAUCACUCCAAAUGAUGACUUCAGUAGUUCAGCAGCAGCAAGCCCACUACAGCGGAUGGCAUCGAUCACGAACAGUCUCAUCUCCCAGCCAUCCAACCCUCCUCAUCAUCCUCCCGUACAGAGGUCGAUGAAAGCAGUUCUUCCACCAAUCACACAACAGCAAUUUGAUCUCUUUAACAAUUUGAACACAGAAGAUAUAGUAAGGAGAGUGAAGGAGGCUCUAAGCCAGUAUUCUAUUAGCCAAAGACUGUUUGGAGAGUCUGUUCUGGGUCUAUCACAAGGAUCUGUCAGCGACCUGCUAGCGAGGCCAAAGCCCUGGCACAUGCUCACGCAGAAGGGACGAGAGCCUUUCAUCCGCAUGAAGAUGUUCUUAGAGGAUGACAAUGCUGUCCACAAAUUGGUAGCAUCACAAUACAAAAUCGCGCCGGAAAAACUUAUGAGGACUGGAAACUACAGCGGAGCACCUCCUUGUCCGCCAAAUAUGAACAAACCCAUGCCGCCAACACAAAAGAUGAUUUCCGACGCGACGUCCCUGCUGAGCAAGAUGCAGCAGGAGCAGCUACUGGGCGGCGGGCACCUGGGGCACCUGGGGCAGCCGACGCCGCUGCUGCUGACGCCGCCCGGCUUCCCGCCGCACCACGCCGUCACGCUGCCGCCGCAGCACCACGACAACAACAACAAGGAGCGCAAGCCUCCGCCGCCGCCGCAGCCGCACCACCAGCCGCCCGUCAUGCGUAACCUGCACCAGCACAUCUCGCCCAGCGUCUAUGAGAUGGCCGCGCUCACACAGGACCUAGACACGCAAACCAUCACCACUAAAAUUAAAGAAGCACUGCUGGCAAAUAACAUUGGCCAGAAAAUCUUCGGCGAAGCUGUACUAGGUCUAUCACAAGGUUCCGUCAGUGAACUGCUUUCGAAACCGAAGCCAUGGCAUAUGCUCAGCAUCAAGGGACGGGAACCAUUCAUUCGCAUGCAGCUGUGGUUGAGUGAUGCCCACAAUAUUGAUCGUCUCCAAGCUUUGAAGAAUGAGAGGCGGGAAGCGAGCAAGCGACGGCGAUCAAGCGGCCCCGGGCAGGACAACUCAUCUGACACGUCAUCUAAUGACACGUCAGAGUUCUACCACUCGAGCUCUCCCGGCCCCACUGCGGGAGCGCCGUGCGCUAAGAAACAACGAGUACUAUUCUCGGAAGAGCAGAAAGAGGCGCUUAGAUUAGCAUUUGCACUCGAUCCCUACCCAAACAUGCCAACGAUCGAAUUCCUUGCCACAGAGUUGGGUCUGUCGUCACGAACCAUCACUAACUGGUUCCACAAUCACCGCAUGCGGCUAAAACAACAAGCGCCGCAUGGCUUACCGGCCGAACCUCCCGCACGGGAUCAGUCUUCUGCGCCUUUCGACCCUGUCCAGUUCCGUCUUCUCCUUAAUCAGAGAUUACUGGAACUUCAAAAGGAAAGAAUGGGUCUCGCGGGAGUACCUCUGCCUUACCCGCCGUACUUCGCAGCAAACUCAAACUUAGCGGCGCUGAUCGGACGUGGGCUAUUACCCCCUGAAGAUCAGGUGAAGGACCAGUCUGGUGGCCUUGACCUUUCGAUGCCUCUGAAACGAGAACCCGACGGCGAUGACUUCGAAGAUGACGAUGUCGAGAGCAACCUCGGCUCCGAGGACUCGCUGGACGAGGAAUCUAAGACUGAGCCGAAGGCGACGUCCACGCCCGCAGGCCGCUCCAGCAGACGGAAGCCCGCGGCGCCGCAGUGGGUAAACCCCGACUGGCAGGACGAGAAGCCGCGCAACCCUGACGAGGUGAUAAUCAACGGAGUGUGCGUGAUGAGGAGCGACGACUUCCGGAGAGAGGCGGAGGAGACGGUGCGCGUGGAGCCGUCGCCGGUGGCGGGUGCCGCGUCCCCCGCCGCGUCGCCCGCGCCGCGCACCCCGCACACCCCGCACACCCCGCACACGCCCCACACGCCGCGCCCGCCGCACACGCCUGAUGACGUCAUUCCCGAAGACAAGAUCAAAUCCGAGACGGACGACGGCUGGGAGUACUAAGGCUCCAGGCUGUGCUCUAGCAGAGUGUGAUAAAACGGGUCCCGAACAGUGUGGUGUAGACUUUACCAUAUCACGUUCGAACGAUUAUUUAUUGUGUGAUAAGUGUCCGUCGGUCCGAUGGCGACGUUCAGUGCAAAUGUUACUGUGUAGCUAGUGUUUGUUGUAAUUCGAUUGUAAGGCCAAAGACUUUGUACAUAAUACCCUCGUAGCUUCUCGUGAUACGCCAAGCGCGUCCCCGACCGGGACGAGAUAAACUUGCGAUACAAAAAGAUGCAUUUUUGCUUUAAUUUUUUAAUGUAAAACACGUACCCUGAUUAGGUACAAAUAUCUGAGUAUUUUUAAGUUACGGCUUUUUAAUUCGAUUGUAAAUAAAUAUACCAAAUAUGUGUCGAAUAUUGCCUGCGAACCAGACCCUGUAUAUAAGUAGGUUAGAAACUAUUCGUGUAAGAUAACUCAGUUGCUGAUAAAUUAGGAAUAGGGAAGGUUCAUUAAUUGUUAAUGAAAAUUAUAAAGUGCAAUCAGAUGUAAAUUUAAGCUAUGGUUUAACGAGCCCCAGUUGAAAAGUAUUAUUAUGUUUAUUAGAACCGGCGAGGUUUAAAAUAUUAUAAUCGGGUUAUAUAAGUUUAACAUUUAAAUUAUUAAUGUUUAUUUUUUACUAUUGUAUGUUUUUAUAUUGCAUUAUUUUAUAAAACGCCGCGGGACCGCUCAACUUUGUGAUUUUAGCUGUCAUUUUAUAACGUUUAGUUAUCAUAACUGUCAAUUCUAAUUCCGUACAAUAGCUAUAUUGUUUGUUUCUUUUCAUUUUUAUAUAUUUUUUAGAAAAUGUACAAAUCAAGACACAAAAUAAUACGAUUAAGCAAGUAAUGUAUUGCUUAUGGUUUAUAGUUAUAUUUUAUUUUAGCAAUAAAUUUGCUUUUAAUCUUA